UGGUCCGCUAACUUCAGUGGUCAGCUAACUGAGCCAUGAGCUCCGUCCGAUUGACUGUUUUGCAAAGCUAGCUGAUAAUGCUAAAACAUUAGUUCGGUGUAAACUACGUCGUUUGUUAGUAAGAUUUAAUUUCUUGUAGUCCGACGCGGACAGGGUGGAUUUGACGAACUACUUACUGGCCCUCCGAGCAUCGCUAGCUGCGGUAUGACUGGUAAUAACUGCCGUCAAGUUAAUAUUGACGUCCAGAGAGUCGAAUGGCGACAUUAGCACCUUCGUUACCAGCACGCGUUAUGUCAUUUCGAUAGCUCCCAGUCAGGAGGACCCGCUACGUUUCUCGGCGGAACUGUAUCAGAGGAAAACAUGUCCUUUUUCAAUUUUCGCAAGAUAUUUAAGCUUGGGCCUGAUAGGAAGAAGAAGCAGUACGAACAUGUACACAGAGACGUGAACCCCGAGGAAUUUUGGGAGAUCAUUGGAGAACUUGGAGAUGGAGCCUUUGGGAAAGUAUUUAAGGCACAAAACAAGCAAAACGGGACGCUUGCUGCAGCCAAAGUCAUCGACACAAAAACAGAAGAUGAGUUGGAAGACUACAUGGUCGAGAUAGAUAUCCUUGCCUCCUGUAACCAUCACCACAUCGUUAAACUGCUGGAUGCCUUUUACUUUGAAGGGAAGCUGUGGAUUCUCAUUGAGUUCUGUGCGGGUGGCGCAGUGGAUGCCAUCAUGCUUGAACUGGAGAGACCCCUGACUGAGCCCCAGAUCCGUGUGGUGUGCAGGCAGACCCUGGAGGCCUUGAGCUACCUGCAUGACAGCAAAGUCAUCCACAGAGACCUCAAAGCUGGAAACAUCCUACUCUCUCUGGAAGGAGAUGUGAAGCUAGCUGAUUUUGGGGUGUCAGCUAAAAAUACCAAGACGUUACAAAGGCGAGAUUCAUUCAUCGGCACUCCGUACUGGAUGGCACCAGAGGUUGUGAUGUGUGAGACUUCUAAGGACCGCCCGUACGAUUACAAGGCCGACAUAUGGUCCCUCGGGGUCACCCUGAUAGAGCUGGCCCAAAUUGAGCCACCCAACCAUGAGAUGAAUCCCAUGAGGGUGCUGCUGAAAAUAGCCAAGUCUGAGCCGCCCACUCUAAUGCAGCCAUCUCGAUGGUCACCUGAGUUCAAUGACUUCCUGCGAAAAGCUCUAGAUAAGAACGUGGACAAUCGAUGGAGCACGGCACAACUUCUACAGCAUCCGUUUGUCACCAGCGUAACAGACAGCAAGCCUCUCCGAGAGCUCAUAGCGGAGGCCAAAGCUGAAGUCACUGAGGAGAUCGAGGACAGUAAGGAAGAGGAAGACGAAGAGGAGCCGGAAACACCUCUUACUGCUCCCGGAUACAAGCGGGCACCAUCGGACACAAGCGUGACCAGUUCAGAGGACGACAAGGUUCCGGCACCCGCCUCCACGCUUGAGUCCGUCACAGAGAAGACAGAAGCCGAGCCUGCCGAGGACAUUAUCUCUGAUAAGCUCUCUGAUGAAGGCCUGGGCACGAGUGAAAUAGACAAGAACGAGGAGCAGAAACUCAACGAGGUGUCUGACGCCAGUAAUGAAGACCUAGCCUCAGGGCUGAUCGAGUCUCCCAAAGAUUUGGUCUCUCCUACUGACACUAUACAAGAAAACGGUGAAAACGCUGAAUCCAUUCCCAACAUGUCCCCAAAACCUGCUGCAGAUGAAGAAAACAAGGAAGAUGAGACACAGGAGGCGGUUGCAUCGGCGGAAGAAAUGAGUGCGACAAAUGUGCAGGAGCCUGAAACUGAAGAAACAGCGGAGGAGCCAGAGAAGGAAUCAGAGAAGUCCCUAUCAGAACAAGAGGAGAAAGAUGAAGUGGUUUCAGAAACUACUAAUGGUGCAGAUGUAGAUACAGUCACUGAUGAAAAGGAAUCUGAAUCGAAGGAAGUUGAUAGUAAAGAAGUGAAGAUCAAUGGAGAGAUCGAAGAGAAGCCAGGCGAGUGUUUAGCCAUCAAGGUGGACACUGACGCUGACCAGCCAAGUGGGAUGACUGACGAAAAGUCAGAGUCGACACCAGAGAAUCAGGCCAAGGAGGAGGAGGCUGUUUCUGAUCAACUUCCAACUGAAUCCACAAAUGGAGUUUGUGAUGAAGCCAAAGAGGAUUCGGAUGAAGUGCUUCCCACUCCUGAUGCCCCUGUGAAGGAAGAUGAGAAGUGUGCUGAGGAGAGCACGAUCCGAGAGGACAUAUCUGCAGCGGGCAGUGAAUCAGACACCAAGACAGAGCAGGAAAGUCCUGCUGUGACGAAGCGCGAUGUUGAGAAAGACUCUGACUCUCUCAGCAGCUCGGCCACUGAUACUAACAGCCUCGACCUCAAUCUGUCUAUAUCCAGCUUCCUGUCCAAGAGCAGGGAGGGGGGCUCCGUGUCCGUUCAGGAAUCCAAGCGCCACAAGAAGACCCUGAAGAAAACUCGUAAGUUCAUGGUGGACGGAGUUGAAGUCAGCGUGACCACGUCGAAGAUUGUGACCGACAACGAUGCCAAAAAUGAGGAAAUGCGGUUCCUGAGGCGGCAGGAGCUGAGAGAGCUGCGCCUCCUGCAGAAAGAGGAGCAGCGAGCGCAGCAACAGCUCAGCAACAAGCUGCAGCAGCAGAGAGAGCAGAUCUAUCGGCGCUUUGAACAGGAAACCACUGCCAAGAAAAGACAGUAUGAUCAAGAGGUGGAGAACCUGGAGAAGAAGCAGAAGCAGACCAUCGAGCGUCUGGAGCAGGAUCACACCAGUCGACUCAGGGAUGAAGCCAAACGUAUCAAAGGGGACCAAGACAAGGAGCUGUCCAAGUUCCAGAAUAUGCUGAAGAAUCGGAAAAAAGAGGCCAAACAGGAGGUCGAGCAGUCCCCCAAACACAUGAGAAAAGAGCUCAUGAAGCGUUUAAAGGAAGACCUGUCGCUCCUUAAAACCGCUGAGGAGCAGGAGUUCCUGCAGAAGCAGCAGCAGGAGCUGGACGGAGCUCUGAAGAAGAUCAUUCAGCAGCACAAGCUGGAGAUCGCCACCAUCGAGCGAGACUGUCUGAACCACAAGCAGCAGCUGAUGCGAGCGAGAGAAGCCGCCAUGUGGGAGCUGGAAGAGCGCCACCUGCAGGAGAAGCACCAGCAGCUGAAGCAGCAGCUGAAGGACCAGUACUUCAUGCAGAGGCACCAGCUGCUGAAGAGACACGAGAAGGAAAUGGAGCAGAUGCAGCGCUACAACCAGCGGCUGGUGGAGGAGAUGAAGAACAAACAAACCCAAGAGCGCGUCCGCCUCCCCAAAAUCCAGCGCAGCGAUGCCAAGACCCGCAUGGCCAUGUUCAAGAAGAGCCUCCGCAUCACCGCCACGGCCAGCAUCACGCCGGAGAUGGAGCGAGAGCGGAUCAAGCAGUUUGCUGCUCAGGAGGAGAAGAGGCAGAAGAACGAGAGGCUCCACCAGCACCAGAAGCAUGAGAACCAGAUGAGAGACCUGCAGCUGCAGUGUGACUCCAACAUCCGGGAGCUGCAGCAGCUUCAGAACGAGAAGUGCCACCUACUGAUCGAGCACGAGACCCAGAAGCUGAAGGAGCUGGACGAGGAGCACGCGCAGGAGAUGAAGGAGUGGAGGGAGAAGCUGCGUCCCAGGAAGAAGGCCCUGGAGGAGGAGUUCACCCGGAAGCUGCAGGAGCAGGAAGUCUUCUUCAAGAUGAGCGGCGAGUCCGAAUGCCUUAACCCGACCGCCCAGAGCCGAGUGUCCAAGUUCUACCCGAUCCCAAACCUGCACAACUCAGGUGUCUAGCCUGCUGGGGAGUUCAGGGCGGGGCCUCGUUUUUUUUUACCACCGCUGCGGUCCACGUUCAGUGACGUGCCUACACACUCCUCUCCCUCGCCCAGGACGUGAUGCACUUUCUUUUGAGCAUGUCCCAGAUUCCAGACGCCAACCAUGCUGACCUUUUUUUGUUUGAAAUGAUCAACAGUGCCUCGUUCAGUUGCGUCCUGAUGUCGUCACGAUCUCUCACCACUAGAUGGCAGCUCGUGAUGCUGCGUGAGACAGAAGUGGCUCAUGGGAAAUGUAGUGUUCCGUCGUGUUGUCUUCUGUGCUCACUGUUCGAUGUCCUCAAACGUGACAGGAAGUGGAAUGUAGUUCACUAAUCAUUUGUGAUUCAAGGCGACAAAGCAUUGUGUAAUAACACGACAAUUCCAGUGAUCCAUGCUGUAGUAACCAUUCCAUGACUCACGUUACGAUCUGGCUCAUGUAGCAAUGUUGCGUGAUGUUGGACAGGCUGUAGCUUUUUAGUCAACAGUUGCUAUUAUUCCUCCAUGUAAACACUUGACCUUGGAUACUCGCUCACUGCUGCGUUUAUACUUGGUAUACAUGGUCUCUGGCACAUGAUGAUGCUCUACUGUGUUAUUGUGUGUGUGUUUAUCAUGGAAUCAAGUCGUGCGACUUUCAACGAGAUGCUACAUUGCUACAUGAAGGAGUGUUUCUACAUAAUACGUGUCGCACAUAAACCACAACUUAUCGCCGCUAAAUCCGCUAAUGCUAGUUUGCGCUAAAAAAAUAUGGCUGGUCGCGCUAAUAUGCAGCUUUCCGUCGCGGCUCUUCUCACCAAGCUGAUGGAAACUUUUAAAGUCAAUUUUAUCUUUAUUUACGAAUAUUUUAAUGAUAAAAUUUAACGAUGAUUUUAUAAAUGUGUAUUUCCGAUGCUGUAAAUGUAUGAUACCACGUGGGAUCAUUCUGCAGCUCCAGGUCCUCCUGCUGUGUCCACGCCGAAACUUCUCCGAUGCUGGGUUUUUGUUUUCGGCGCACAGAUUUAACAUAUAUUUUUAUUACGUUGCAGCUUGGUCUUUUAGUUCCACUCCACGAUAAGUGUUCGCAUAUCAAUGUCAUAUCAGAGAAACUGUCUUGUACAUAAAUAAAAGGUUAACUGUACACCUGUAUG